UUGUGUUGUCAUCCUAUUUUGUGGAAGCCAUUCUAAGUUGGCUCCAAUAUGGAUUUUGUGUCUGAGAUGACAAAAUUCCUCACUUUAGUUCUUGUUGCCAUAAUCUCUGUUGAGACUGUUGCGAGCGCUAGGCACCAGCCAUUGGAUGGUCAGAAGCAAUUUCACUCACUUGAAAAUGAUCACCUGGUAACUAAUUUGCCAGGCCAGCCAGAUGUGGACUUUCGGCACUAUGCCGGUUAUGUUACAGUAAAUGAAAAGAAUGGAAGGGCACUUUUCUAUUGGUUCUAUGAGGCCACCACGCACCCUGAUGAAAAACCUCUAGUGCUGUGGCUUAAUGGAGGUCCUGGAUGCUCUUCUGUGGGAUAUGGAGCAACACAAGAGAUUGGUCCUUUCCUAGUGGACGAUGAUGGGCGUGGACUUAAAUAUAAUCCCUAUUCAUGGAAUACAGAGGCCAACAUAUUAUUCUUGGAAUCUCCAGUUGGAGUUGGUUUUUCAUACUCAAAUACAACCACUGAUUACAAUGGUCUGGGAGAUGGUUUCACAGCAAAUGAUGCUUAUGCUUUCCUGCACAAAUGGUUUCUCAAAUUUCCAUCAUACAGAACUCGGGCAUUUUAUAUUGCAGGGGAGAGCUAUGCAGGAAAAUACAUUCCAGAGCUUGCUGAACUGAUACAUGAUAAGAACAAGGAUUCUUUGCUUCACAUUGAUCUCAGGGGUAUUCUGCUGGGUAAUCCUGAAACAAGUUAUGCUGAGGACUGGGUAGGUCUCGUGGAUUAUGCUUGGAGCCAUGCUGUCAUAUCAGAUGAAACCUAUAAGAUCAUAAAACAAAGCUGCGACUUUAAUAGUGAUGAUCCAUGGAGUAAUGGUGAUUGUGAUCAAGCUAUUAAUGAAUUAUUUAGACAGUACAAGGAGAUAGAUAUUUUCAGCAUCUACACCCCAGUUUGCAUUAGUGGUUCAGCAAAUUCAGAUGACAAAUAUAUGCAAGUCAUGUUUAAGCGUUCAUCUACGACUACAAUGAUACCAAGGAUUAUGGGUGGUUAUGAUCCAUGUCUGGAUGAUUACACGCGAUCUUUCUAUAAUAGACCUGAUGUUCAAAAGGCCCUCCAUGUCGGUGAUGGUCACUGGUCCAAAAACUGGAGCAUCUGCAAUCAUAAGAUAUUCGAUGAGUGGUCAGAUUCAAGGCGAUCAGUUCUUCCUAUAUACAAGAAGCUGAUUGCAGCUGGACUAAGAAUAUGGGUCUACAGCGGCGAUACAGACGGAAGAGUUCCUGUACUGUCCACAAGAUACAGCUUAGCUUCUUUGGGACUGCCCAUCACUAAAGCAUGGAGGCCCUGGUACCACCAGAAGCAGGUCAGUGGUUGGUAUCAAGAAUAUGAGGGGCUUAUGUAUGCAACAUUUAGAGGAGCUGGGCAUGCUGUGCCUAGUUUCAAACCGAGUGAAUCACUGGCAUUCUUCUCUGCCUAUCUUCAAGGCAAAUCUCCACCUUCUUCGCGAUGAAUUACCGAUGCUGCAAAAGUAAUGGCUGGCUAUACUAGGUUAUUGUAUUUAAUAGCAGAAAAUAGUGAAGAAAUAGUAAAAAUAAUGUGUGUUUGCUGUUGUUUCUAGACAAUCAGAAGAAUGUUCUAUUUAGAUCUUGUCUUUGUAAACGGAGCAAGCUCCUCACCAACUAAACAUUAAACAAAUGGAUAGUUGGAUACUCUGUUAUCCUUUCGUGAUCAAAAGUAUUAGUCAUUGAAGUUCUGCA